UCUGCCGCUCACUCACACGUCGAUAUACAUCGUUUACAAUUGUUUUGCAGAAAAAGGGACGAACAAGUGUGGAAACCGAAGCUUUGAUUUACGUCAUUCUUAAUGUGGAUAAUGAAAUGGGGUAUAGGGUAAUGUAAAGAAUUCAAUACAUCAGAAAAGAGAAGUUUGGGAUUAUAUAAAAUUAUCGUUCUGAAGUUUGAUUUACACAUUGGAGAAAAUGGUUAGUGCAGAAAACAACGACGCAUCAUUGCCUCUUAAAGAGAGAUUUAAGGACUUAUUACUUGGAGACCAGAUAUGGCCAAACGAUAGCAAGGUGCAGGUUGAAUUGUACACCAAUGAGAACUCUCUCAAAGAACGUCUCCAGUGGUUCUUUAUCAAAAACCAAAAAUCAAGUCUCAAGGUGCGAGUGCUUUAUUUUUCCCUCAACCUUUUGAGCUGCAUUUUGUAUAUGGCCCAAGUGCUGAAUGACACCGAACAGGAACAUAAAUGCUUGGAUUGCCAAUACAAAAAUUAUACCAUCCUUAAUAUCAACUGGGCCUCAGUUAUUUGGGUUGAACGAAGUGAAGCGCUUUGGUGUAUGCAGCUGUCUGUUGCCGUCGUAUGUUUGUUCCCAAGAAUCCUGGUGAUGUAUUUAUGCUACAAGGGGAACAUAAGGCAGCAGAUUUUUCGAAUAACAUUUAUCCUGGAAAUGAUUGACUCGGUGCCAUUUUUCAUUUCAAUUUUUUAUCGACCACUCCGGAACCUCUUCGUCCCAGUGUUUCUGAACUGCUGGCUGGCAAAACAUGCUCUGGAAAACAUAGUCAACGACCUACAUCGUGCCAUUCACCGUACACAGACAGCCAUGUUUAACCAGGUCCUCAUUCUCAUCUCCACCAUCAUGUGCCUUAUUUUCACAUUUAUUUGUGGAGUUGAACACUUACAGCGAGCUGGAGGAAAGAUUAAUCUUUUUGAGUCCUUCUACUUCUGCAUCGUGACCUUCUCUACAGUGGGGUUUGGAGACGUCAUCCCUGACAUCUGGCCCUCCAAGCUUCUAGUUGUUAUCAUGAUUUUUGUUGCUUUAUUGGUCCUCCCUAUCCAGUUUGAGCAGCUGGCUUUCUUAUGGAUGGAACGACAGAAAUCAGGAGGAAAUUACAGCAGGCACAGAGCAGAAAAUGAAAAACAUGUGGUGCUAUGUGUCAGUUCACUCAAAAUCAACCGGCUAAUGGAUUUCCUAAAUGAGUUCUAUGCCCACCCCGGGCUUGAGGACCACUAUGUCGUCAUCCUAUGCCCAGCAGAGAUGGACACAAAAGUGAGACAGAUACUACAGAUCCCGAUGUGGUCACACAGGGUCAUAUAUUUACAAGGCUCUGCUCUUAAAGACGAAGAUUUGGUCAGGGCCAAGCUGGAUAAGGCUGAAGCUUGUUUCAUUCUAACCAGCCGCUGUCAGGCAGACCGCAAUGCAGCAGAUCAUCAGACUAUCCUGCGGGCUUGGGCAGUAAAGGACUUUGCUCCUGACUGUCGUCUUUUUGUCCAGAUUCUCAAACCGGAAAACAAACUGCAUGUAAAAUUUGCAGAUCACAUAGUUUGCGAGGAAGAGUUUAAAUACGCCAUGCUGGCCCUGAACUGCAUCUGUCCCGCCACGUCCACCCUCAUCACCCUGCUGGUGCACACAUCACAAGGCCUAGAGGGCCAAUAUUCUCCCGGAGACUGGCACAGAAUUUAUGACAAAUGUUCAGCUAAUGAGGUGUACAACAUCGUUCUCAAAGACAGCGUCUUCUUUUCUGAAUACGAGGGAAUGAGUUUUCCUUGUGCCUCCUUCCACUCAUAUAAAAAGUAUGGCAUCUGUCUUUUUGGAGUCUGUCCUGAGGACUCCAAGAGCAUUUUGCUGAACCCUGGACCUCAGCACACUAUGAAACCCUUAGACAUGUGCUUCUAUAUUAAUAUCACCAAGGAAGAAAACUCCUGCUUCAAAAUCAAGAAAUCAUACAAAAAGAGCCCCAAGAAUCAAGUCCCGAUGAGUAGCAUUGUCGCAAGUAGCAUGGCCAUAGACAUUCAGGACAUAGACAGUCCAUCCAGUUUAGGUCCCUCACUCUCAACUGAACCUUUAACAUCUAAUAGAAGACAACCUACCAAAUCUGCUGCUCUACAAAUCCCAGCUCCUCCCAUCUCACACACCGAAGACGUGUCCAGUGGUCGGUCAGAGUAUCCAAGAAUCCAUGUGAGUGGAGAUGAAAGCAGUGAAAGUUACGUCAGGGGAUAUCCCCCAAAUUUACCCUACAUCGGAAGCUCCCAAACACUGUGCCAUUUACGGAAAGAGAAAAUGCCUAAAUGUUGUAUGCAGCUGGUAAAGUUUUUAUCUAAGACUUGCAACCACGAAGACGAUGAUGAUGUCAAAGCAUACAGUUUGAUGAAUAAGCUCACCAUAGUGUCUGCUGAGGUGGCAGGAAAUGGCUUGUACAACUUCAUUCUCCCAUUACGAGCCUCAUACAGAGCACAGAAUGAGCUCUACCCAAUUGUGCUUCUCCUGGAACAAGAGCCUGAUGCAGAUUUUCUAGAAACUGUCUGUUGGUUUCCUAUGAUCUAUUACUUGGUUGGAUCAAUCGACAAUCUGGAUAACCUGUUACGCUGUGGCGUCUCUUUUGCUGCUAAUAUGGUGGUUGUAGACAAAGAAAGCACCAUGAGCGCUAAGGAAGAUUAUAUGGCUGAUGCAAAAACCAUUGUUAAUGUCCAGACUCUUUUCAGAUUAUUCUCUGGCCUCAAAAUCAUCACUGAGCUUACACAUCCUGCUAACAUGAGAUUUAUGCAGUUCAGCGCAAAGGACUGUUACUCAAGGGCGUUUUCCAAACUGCAAAAGAAAGAAAGAGAGAAAGGCACAAACUUAUCCUUCAUUUUUCACCUGCCGUUUGCAGCUGGUAGGGUGUUCAGUGUUGGCAUGCUGGACACACUCUUGUACCAGUCAUUUGUCAAAGAUUACAUGAUAACCAUCACCAGGCUCCUUCUUGGGCUGGAAACUACACCAAGAUCUGGUUUCCUAUGUGCUAUGAAAAUCACAGAGGCGGACUUAUGCAUGCAGACAUAUGGCAGACUCUACCAAACAUUGUGCUCCACUGUAGGACACGUUCCCAUCGGCAUCUACAGGACUGAGUCUCAGACAGCUGGACCUCCUGAGACUCCACGCUCCCCACUGUCAGUGAGUUUAUCAGAAUUUGAGGAGGGCAGAGACCCAGAAGAGCAUGGUCUGCGGAGAAGGAGCGUUCGGUGGGCUUCACAGCUUCUGGGGCCGUGGCACGCUGACCGUGAUGCCGAAAAAAGCUGCCAGCAGCAGCGUCUCCUUCUUUCGUGUACAGAGAGACAAGAGCUCACCAAGCUGGUCAUGAAGCGCAUGAAAAAUUUGGGGCUCUGUACAGGUGGAUUCGAUGAAAAGAAUGACAAUCAGAGUAGCCACUCUUACGUCCUAAUCAACCCAUCACCAGAUACAAGACUGGAGCGAAAUGAUAUUGUGUACAUAAUCAGCAUAGAUCCUCUCUCCUCAAUGCUCAAUGUCAACAGCAGCAAGACGUCCGAAAAACGGAUGGGAGAGGAAAACAAAGCCACCGAAUCACCUCAGAAUAAAGAUCAGAAUCAUUUAAGUCAUUUUACACUGUGAUAUAAGCACAGGCAGGCUAACGCAGCACUUAACAUGAUUUUGCAUUGAGCAAGGAGCUGGUUUUAUCUCUUGUUCUAGCAUCUCUUAAAGUGAUAUCGCAUGUAUUUUACAUAUUCAGUUUUUAUUGCUCAGUUUUAUAAAGUUUGCCAGUAAUUCUGACGCUGACAUUUUGUCUAAGUUGCAAUCUCAGUUUUCCAGUAAAGAUUUUUUUUACAGAAUUUCUUGAUAUAUGUUUAAUACUAUUUAUUGUUUGGUGCUGUAUGGGAAUGUUUUAAAAGUAUUACAUGUGUAUAAUGAAUGCAUUUCAAAUAUUUAAUAUAUCUGGAAAUAAAUAGUCUGUCCCAAUCUGUAUGGACAAUGCCCCACCAAAACAUGAAUCCAUUUGAAAAUAUAGGACUCUGUAUAAACUUAACUGAAUCUAAACUGUUAACUCAUAUUUAACCAAAAAAAUCAACAAAUAUUUUCUAGACUACUUUAAGUCGUAAAAUGAGAUGAAUAUGUUUGGAAAUUGAGCGCAUGGCUUGGUUGGCUACCAUAUGCAAUGAUCGAAAUGAGGAGCUCAACAGCGCCCUGCAUUUUUUGCAUGCAAUUUGUGGUAAAAAAAUAGUAAUGCAGCGAGCCCUUAUAGAAAGCCAUAUGGGCAGAUUUGAAUCCGCCCUUUACAGUAGUUUUUAUGUUAUGAAAACAUAGUUCCAGACAAUGCUAUAUCAUUACGUGUAAGCAAAGUGCAUAUCAGUCUGCAUGACAAGUACAACUGAUUCUUCAGGUUGUGAGCUUCGUGAGUGGUACAAAUCAACCCGAUAGGGUAGAAUUGUAUUAAAAAAAUUCAGCAACAGCCAAACAACCAAUGGUAAGUCAUUCAAUAGGGUUGUUGGAUUACAUAAAGCUUUGGACAUCUGGUUGUACUAAAUGGAAUAAAGUGUUUUGUUUUCAAAAAGCAGAAACUUCCAUAAUACACUGUAAA